UUUGUUUGUUUGUUUUGCGGCGCGAUGUCGUAUCCUCAGGGUUAUCUGUACCAGCCCGCUCCGGGCUCUCUGGCUCUCUACCCGCUCAGGAGUGAAGAGCUCGAGCUGGCCGCGCGCUGCUCCUCUUCCUCGUCGUCUUCCUCCUCCUCAUCCUCCUCCUCCUCCACGGGUUCCGCCUUCACUCCGUAUCCCGCAUCCGCAGCUUUCACCGCCUCCGCCACCGGCGGCUUCGCCAGCGCGCUCACUUACCACCCGGACCCGGCCACCGGCUUCCCCUCCUACAUGGCCUCUCCCUAUGACCCCCCUCCCUCGGCCAUGGCGGCUCCGCUCGGUUUCCCGCCCUACGGCAGCGCGGGUUUCCCGCCUCCCCCGUACCAGCUCAACGACCCCGCGUACCGGAAGAACGCCACACGCGACGCCACGAGCACGCUGAAGGCCUGGCUGAACGAGCACCGGAAGAACCCGUACCCCACCAAGGGCGAGAAGAUCAUGCUGGCCAUCAUCACCAAGAUGACGCUCACGCAGGUGUCCACAUGGUUCGCCAACGCCAGACGGAGACUCAAGAAGGAGAACAAGGUGACGUGGGGCGCGCGAGCCAAGAGCGAGGACGAGGACGAGGAGGAAGGAGCGCGCGCCGAGCGGAAAGACGAGGAGGAAGAGGAGGACGACAAGCACGCGGACAACGGAGACGCUUCCGCCGAGGAUGAGGGUAUCAGCCUCCACGUGGACUCUCUGACGGACCACUCGGCCGAGUCGGAUGGAGAGAAAGUCCUCUGCAGGAUCGACGACUUCUCCUGCAAAUCUGCUCCCGAAGCAAAAGAGAAACACUCUGAGAUCGACCUGACCUCGGGUCACGAGGGUCUGUCGCCCAAACCCAUGACUUCUUCGCCUCUGACCGGCGUGGAGGCACCGCUCUUGGACGCACAUCGCGACAAAAACAAGACCUGCGCUGACGUCCAGAGCCAAAAUCCCAAGCCCAAGCUCUGGUCGUUGGCUGAAAUCGCCACUUCAGACUCCAAACAACCACUCCAGAGUCAGAACUGCCCCUCGGGGGGCGGGAUUUGGACCUCCAGCCAAUCAGGCUCAGCUCCCUCGGCGUCCAUCUUGGCCAGGCCGAUUUAUUACACGUCCCCUUUUUACGGCAAUUAUGCCAAUUACGGGAACUUUGGCCAAGGGAUCCUGCGCUACGGCUCGAUUCAUAAACACGCUCCUGAGAUGACGAUGCUAAAGGCUAAUCAUGCUAAUCACAUCCAGACGGAGCAGCACUUCAAGGCCUUGAGUGCGGAGGCCAAAAAAGUAGACUCCGGUGACAUGUGCACACUCGGACCUCAGUCUUACCUCUCGAGCUAAAGACGAAGACGGUGAACAAGUAGGCAUCGAGCAAGCCAUCCUCCGCCUCCUCCUCAUCCUCCUUCUCCUCCUCCUCCUCCUUUGCUGGCGUUAAAUCAUUUCUCUGUGCACCAGAUCAUAUUUGGUGUCACCUCCAGUUCUGAAAUUUCUGAUAACUAAGGACCGAAAUGUAUCGAAGGUGUGUUAUCAGACAAGACGUGUGUGUUUUAUUGAUUAGAAUAAUGAUCUAACCCGUAAAUAAGGACACGGUUUCUCAGGAUCCUGAAGUCUCACUUCAUCGCCACCGUGAUGGUCCGCGGUAAACAUGGGACGUUAAUAGGAAGACGUUUUUAUUUUCCAUUUGGGCCGGACGUGACGCACGGAAAGGCAGGAAGACGACACGGUGCCGGUGAAGAGUGGAAUAUUUGAUAUUUAUUUUUGUAAAUGAGGGCGAGUCGCCUGUAUAAUUUAUGCAAGUUGUAUUGCAAUGAUACACAAAAAAAGAUGUUUUGUUUGUUUGUUUGUUUGUUCUGUAAAUAGAUGACAGUCGGAUUUUAUUUAAAAAGGAAAAAAUGGGCGAGGGGGUACACAAAAAUGUUGUUA